AUGGUGGACGAACUCUUUGCCAACCCUCUCCGAGCUGAUCCCGGAGCGCACUACGCAAAGAAACUCUACCUUGACCUCUCUACUCUGUCGCCUUAUAUCUCUGGACCCAACUCCGUCAAAAUCUCAACACCGCUGCAUGACCUCGCUACAAAAAAUAUCAAGGUAGACAAGGGAUACAUUGUAAGCUGCACCAACUCGCGAAGCUCAGAUCUGAAGGCUGCAGCCGAGGUAUUUCAAGCUGCCGCCGAGUCAAAUGGUGGCAGGAUCCCCAAGAUUGCAGAUGGUGUCAAGCUAUACAUUGCAGCAGCGUCGGCCAGAGAGCAGGCUAUUGCUGAGGAUGAAGGUAGCUGGCAGACCUUGGUCGAGGCUGGAGCCACCGUUCUCCCGCCUUCAUGUGGCCCAUGUAUCGGACUGGGCACGGGUCUGCUCGAGGAUGGCGAGACGGGAGUCUCUGCAUCAAAUCGCAACUUCAAGGGCCGACUCGGAUCAAGACUUGCUCAUGCAUACCUUAGUAGCCCCGAGGUCGUGGCUGCGAGCGCCCUGAACGGCGUUCUUUCAGGUCCCGGCGUUUACGAGGUGCCAGAGAAUUAUACUGGCGUACAGUACGGUUACGGCACCGGACAACCUGCAACUAUCGAAAACGAGCUCGGCAAUACUCUUGAACAGCUCGAGUCUCUCAUCGACAGGGUUGAGACGAGUGCUUCUAUCGGCGAUGAUGCUGCCCAAGCAGUCACGAAGAUCCUCCCAGGCUUCCCAACCAAGAUAAGCGGUGAAAUCGUCUUCGCUGAUGCUGACAAUCUGGACACCGACAAUAUAUAUGCUGGCAAAUUCACCUAUCAAGACGAUAUGACGACGGCAGAUAUGGCAAAAGUUUGCAUGGAGAAUUAUGACCCGGAGUUCAGGCUGGACCCUGACAUGGGAUAUUACCAGGAGCCUUAUUGA